CCACGUGGCAAAGAUCAAGUGGUACCGACUCAGCUCCUCUCUCUCUCUCUUCUUCUUUCUUUGCCUAACUCCCCUGCAUUUUCUCACUCUCACUUUCUCUCUCUCUCUCUCUCUGUCUCUCUCAUCACCGAGUUGAUUGGCCAAGAGCUCAGCUCUGAGUUAAGUUUGAAGUGGAGUUCAUGCCCAUAAAAUUUUGUUCUGAAAUGGGGCAUACCAUCAUGUUUUGGGGCAUUAUGUGAGAUUGGUUUGUUGCUAGAUCAUUAUAUGAUGGGGGGAAUUUGUUCAAGGAAGAGAGAGCAACUGGUCAUUGAAGAUGGUGGGUGUAGAGGGGUCUCUGAACGAUUUUGUAAAAUUGCCAGCUCAAAAUGGCUGCGAAAUUCAUUUUCUCGGCCCAUUGUAGAUUGUCAGCCAGGACGGGGCAAAUGCCCUUCCCUCAUGGACUUGGGCAUAUACAAAAUACGUGAGGACAUUGACAAAUAUAGUUCAUUUUCAAUUCUUCCAAGGGAUAUAAGUCAGCAGAUCUUCAACGAAUUGAUACAUUCCCGUUGUCUUACUGAUGUUUCUCUCAAAGCUUUUCGAGAUUGUGCUCUCCAGGAUGUUUUCUUGGGUGAAUAUCCUGGAGUGAAGGAUAGUUGGAUGGAUUUCAUCUCUUCACAAGGGUCAUCUUUGCUUUCUGUUGAUAUUUCUAGUUCUGAUGUGACAGAUUCUGGAUUGGCUCUCCUGAAAGAUUGCCCAAACCUACAAACCUUUGCUUUUAAUUACACUGACCAAUUAUCAGAACAUGGGCUUAAGCACAUUAGUGGUCUUUCAAACUUGACAUCAUUGAGUUUUAAAAAGUGUGAUGCAAUUACUGCUGAAGGAAUGCGUGCCUUCUCCAACUUAAUUCACUUGGAAAAGUUGGACUUGGAAAGGUGUUCAGGGAUUCAUGGUGGAUUUUUUCAUCUCAAAGGUUUAUUGAAGCUUAAGUCUCUGAAUAUUGGAUGUUGCAAAUGCGUUUCAGAUUUGGACCUGAAGGCUAUAUCUGGGAUCACUAGCCUUAAGGAGUUACAGGCUUUCAGCAGUAAUAUUACUGAUAUUGGAGUUUCUUAUUUAAAAGGUUUGCACAACCUUACAAUGUUGAACUUGGAGGGAUGCAGUAUUACUAAUGCAUGUUUGGAAUAUAUUUCAGCUCUGGUUGCCCUGGCCGUCUUAAACCUUAACAGAUGUAGUCUAAAUGAUGAUGGAUGGGAGAAAUUUUCUGGGAAUAAAAACUUGAAGGUAUUGAGCUUGGGAUUCAACAAUAUUACUGAUGCCUGUUUGGUGCAUCUUAAAGGUUUAACAAAUUUGGAAAGUUUGAACUUGGAUUCCUGUGGGAUAGGUGAUGAAGGGCUUGCUAAUCUGACAGGCCUUACACUCUUGAAGACUUUGGAAUUGUCAGAUACUGAAGUAGCAAGUAAUGGGCUUCGUCAUCUCUCAGGUUUAACUAAUCUGGAGAAUUUGAAUCUGUCAUUUACCUUAGUAAAUGACAGUAGUUUGAAAAAGUUAUCCGGAUUGACAUCUCUUAAAUCACUUAAUUUGGAUGCUCGCCAAAUUACUGAUGCUGGACUUGCAGCUCUUACAAGUCUUACUGGCUUGACUCAUCUGGAUCUUUUUGGUGCUCGCAUUUCUGACUCUGGAACAAAAUGUUUGCAAUACUUUAAGAAUCUCCAAUCCCUUGAAAUAUGUGGUGGAGGAUUAACUGAUGCUGGUGUGAAGAAUAUCAAAGAUCUUGCCUCCCUGAGACUGCUAAAUCUGUCACAAAACUGCAACCUGACAGAUAAAACAUUGGAAUUGGCUUCUGGGCUGACUGCAUUGGUGUCUUUAAAUGUUUCAAAUUCUUGCAUAACCCGUGAGGGUUUGCAGUAUUUGAAGCCUUUGAAGAAUUUACGCUCACUUUCCUUGGAGUCCUGUAAGGUCACUGCAUCUGAUAUCAAGAAUCUUCAGUCAGAUGCACUCCCUAAUCUGAUAAGCUUUCGGCCGGAAUAGAAUGGGAUUCUGCCAGUACAACCUUCUCAAAGGAGCUGCACAUCACACUUUCUCAUGUCAUAUGGCUCCGUCCAGAAUACAUGUAGAAAAAUUCUUUAUUCUGAUUGUUUAUCAGUUUGAAAUGGCUCUUUGUACAGUAAUAAAUUUGUAUAGAAACCAUGAAUGGGCCAAAAAUGUGGAGAUAAAAAGUGAAAAUGUACAGAUGGCCCAUAUAAAGUACAUGUGGACGGGUGUACUGUAUAUAUGGAUAGCUGCAGUUGUAAAUAAAUGUCUUGGUUGGACUGCUUUUAUCAGUUUAUGCAAUUUUUGGUUUGUUCUGUUCCA